AAUAUAUCCAUAGGUAAGUUGGUCUACGUGGCGGCACUUCAAUAUAUGUGCGCAUUACGCACGCCACCUCUUUUCUUUUCACUUUCUCGGCGUUUGUUUUCUCAUCUGCCAAACACUCCCCAAUCUAUCAUCCAACUUUCCAAAUCUCAAUCUCAAUUUUACUAGAUUGACACUGUCACUGCCCAGUAAUCUUCUUAGCUUAAUACCCAUCAACGUAUUUCCCUCAAAACCCUAAAAAGAAUUAGAAAUCAUAUGAAUUGAUAAAAUUUUAAAAAUGUCAGUGGAAAAAUCAUUUGAAGCAUGGGAGGAGGUGCAGAGGCAAGGGCAGGACCUAGCGGACCGGCUGGCGCAAGGAUUUUCAGGUUUGAUACAAUCCCACCCACCUGUUUUUCCCUGGCCAAACCCUCAAAAAUCCAAUAUUUUCGAUUUAGAGUUCCCAGUUGGAAAAAUAGAUAAUUUUGGGGUAAUAGCUGACAAUUUAAAUGGAAUAAAUGGGAUUUUUGAUAUGGGAAAUCGGUUUAUUGGACAAGCCGGGGCUGAUUUGGGGGCUUGUGUAGAUGGGUUGGUGCAGCAGUUUUUUAGGAAGUUACCUUUUCCUUUUGGGCACCAUGAAGGUGGUGGUGCUGCUGGUAUGGAGGUGGUGAGGGUGGAUCGUAAAAGGAGUGAUGCGGCGGGUCUGAGUUUGGAGGGUGAGUUGGGUUUGGUGAGUGAGAGGCUGAGGGAUUAUGGGUUUGUUGAUAAUGAUAUUGGUAAGGUGCAAGAAUCCUCAGCUGAUGAAAUUGGUGGCUUUAAUUUGACUGCUGCUGGGCAUCCUGGUAAACCACAGGGGGUCAUGAAUAUUACAUCAACUUAUGACAGUAGAACUCACAACAUUGAGAGUUCUUUGGUUGCACGAGGAGAUUUAUGGAGAGUCGAGGCAUCACAAGGCGGUUCCACCUCCACAUCAGGACAUGACAAUUCGUCUCUCUUCCUCAUUCAGCUUGGACCAGUACUUUUUGUUCGCGAUUCAACACUUCUUUUACCUGUUCAUCUAUCAAAACAACACCUGCUUUGGUACGGCUAUGAUAGGAAGAAUGGAAUUCAUUCUCUAUGUCCUGCUGUCUGGUCAAAGCAUAGAAGAUGGCUGUUUAUGUCAAUGUUCUGUCUCAAUCCAUUAGCCUGUUCAUUCAUGGAUGUGCAAUUUCCAAAUGGUCAGUUUACCUAUGUGUCAGGUGAGGGACUGACUACCAGUGCUUUUUUACCAGUUUGUGGGGGACUUCUCCAAGUUCAGGGUCAAUGUCCAGGGGAAAUGAGAUUUAGCUUCUCUCAUAAGAACAAGUGGGGUACUCGCAUUACUCCAAUGGUUCAGUGGCCUGACAAAUCAUUUACAUUAGGUUUGGCACAAGCAUUAGCAUGGCAGAGAUCAGGUUUAAUGGUGAGGCCAACAGUUCAAUUCAGUUUGUGUCCAACUUUUGGAGGAAGCAAUCCUGGGUUGCGGGCAGAACUUAUUCAUUCAAUGAAUGAGAAAAUGAACAUGAUCUGCGGCUGUGCAGUCACGGCACACCCUUCCCUUUUUGCAUCAUUAUCUAUUGGACGGUCCAAGUGGAAUGGUAAUGUCGGGAAAUCUGGAGUAGUUCUUCGACUUGAUACCCCUCUCUCCAAUGUCGGGCAACCAUCAUUUUCUGUUCAAAUAAAUAGUGGUAUUGAGUUUUGAAUUUCUGGUAGUAGAAAUGUUGCAACACAAGUGUAUAUAGUCUUCUGACCAUGAAAACACCACAUGUGAAUAUUCUGACCAAUCUUAUUACAUUAUAGACUCCUGUACUAGGCUUUUGUUUAUACCCUUUUAAUGUUUUUGUCAUCAAGAAGCCAUAGUAGGCUGGGGUUGUAAAUUUUGAAUUGAUCGUGAAUUGUUAUGACUUAAACAAGUAACUGAAUUUUCUGUGAUA